AUGGCCAGGAAGAAUCCCCAGGAUGCUCCUCACCUUGAUAAUGAUGAAAUGACACUCUCUCCAGAACACGGCACCACAGACGUAGUGGUUGGUAAUGCAACCAGCCCUCACCACCUUGCCAAUCCAAGCUAUGCCGAGUGUUAUGGCAAUGGCCACGACAAUGCCUCGGUGACAUCCACAGACCACACACGUGGGUCUCUUUUCCUGCAAGAACCUAACAGCGACUCUGUUCCGUUGCCACCGAUGGCCUCUCCAGUCAACAAUACCACCACGUCCCCCUACUUGAGCGAGGGUGGAAUUCAGACCACUCAGUUACUCGGACUUGACUCCAGUCCAUUUUCUCCGGCUUCACGUGCAAAUGCCAUACAUGCAGGGUCCCCUCUGACCUAUAGAGAAGCUUACCUUGUGCAUCACUUUGCUACGCACCUCGGGUAUUGGCUCGACUGCACCGACGCUUCACGCCAGUUCACCCGGAAAAUUCCCCUCUUGGUCAAGCAAUCGUCCAUUCUGCUGUAUGCCGUGCUUUCAUACGCGGCCCGGCACGUCGGAGAUGCCGAAAUGGCCGAGCAGGCGCAUGAGCGGUGUGUAGAACUAUUGAUCCCCUUUCUGAGCUCGGAAACGGUGGCUGAUGAUGACAUCCUGCUGUGUACCAUUGUCAUCUUGCGGGUGUUUGAGCAGUUGAAUGUCAUGGUAACCGGCAGCGAUCGGGAACGCCAUUUAGCCGGCUGCUCGGCUCUUCUCCGGGCAUCGCAAGGACGGGAGCUGGAUCCCUCAACCCCGGGCUUGCGGCAGGCGGCUUUUUGGGUCUAUAUGCGCCAGUGUCUGUACAAUGCUUGUGUGCAUCAGCAGGCUCCCAAUGUGGAUUUGAACUUGAUUCUUAUUCCCCCCCCAAGCGGAAGUGACCCUCUAGGCAAUCCGAACUCUGAAACAGCCUGGGCCAACACAAUGACUUGGAUCUGUGCCACCGUGAUACACUUUUGCUUUGGGUCGCAUUACUCUGAGCCUUUUACCAGAAUGCGCCGAUGGCAAGAGCUAUCCGAGGCUGUCGAGAAUUGGUUGAGCACCCGACCGUGUACAUUUGACCCAAUCUGGUAUAGCGAGGCCGUCCCGGACAGUGGAAAUCCGUUCCCAGAGAUAUGGUUCACGGCGGACUGGCAUAUUAUGGCAUUCGGAUACUAUCAUCUUGCCUGUAUGCUCUUGGCCAUCUAUAAGCCAUCGCCUAGAUUUGCAGUCCGCGGGUUACACAGCACAGCGCAUCCGAGUCAUGAUGCACGCUCGUGCAAUCUGUGGAGCCUGCAACAGCUCCCCGUCGACGGUGCCAUCGUUGAUCACGCUCUGUCAUUCCACGUUUAUUUGGGGUCCCUUGAUGACGGCUCCAGCAGAAAGGGAUGUAAUUAUUAG